GGGUAGGCAGAGGCUCAGCAGAAAGAGGCGGAGGACCGUCGGGUCACCAAGCCGAGAAGCAGGGGGUAGAAACUGGGAAGUCGUGUUUGUGGGGAACGGGGGGGCUCGUCUGGGAUCGAGCAUCCUCCGUCGGCUGACCGGGUGCUGAGAGCCUGGGCGGAUAAGAAACAAGGGGUCGUUGGGUAGAUCAGAGGGGGACAGUAGAUCGUUGAGUGCCUAGACAGAGAGAGAUCGCUGGAGACCCAGGCAGAGAGAGAUCGGAGAUCGCUGGAGACCCAGGCAGAGAGGGAUAGGAGAUCGCUGGAGACCCAGGCAGAGAGGGAUAGGAGAUCGUUGGGGACCCAGGCAGAGAGGGAUAGGAGAUCAUUGGGGGCGCAGGCAGAGAGGGAUAGGAGAUCAUUGGGGGCGCAGGCAGAGAGGGAUAGGAGAUCAUUGGGGAUCCAGGCAGAGAGGGAUAGGAGAUCGUUGGGGACCCAGGCAGAGAGAGACCAACAGGCCUUUGGUCUACAGCUAAGGAGCAAAGGGCAGGUUUCAUCACCGGUGAAAGGAGCUGAGAGCAGUCACCGCGUGGUGCCCAGUGUUCCCCGUCUGACGCUGCUGCAGAUCCCCGCCCGUGCUCCUGAGGUGAGGCAGCGCUCCCCCAGCCUCCUGUCACCCCUGCUGCAGAGCAGGACGGCCCACGCGUUCUUGACACGCGGUAGCCUGCCCAUCCAACUGCGGAUCCGAGGUGGGGGGGAGGGGGCGUCCCCUGAAUAGGGAAACAUGGCGAGCUCCGACGUCCUGGAAUACAACGAUAUCUACCAGGAGCUGAAAGGAAUAAUGAUCGAUGGCCGACUGCGACUCAGCCACCACACCAUCGUCUUUAAGAACAGCAAGACUGGGAAAGUGGACAGUGUCCAAGCCUCAGAUGUCAGCGAUGGAGUGUGGCGCCGAGUGGCCAGGGGCUACGGCAUCAGGCUACAACUGAAAAACGGCAACCUCUGCAAGUUUGAUGGAUUCCGGGAAGGGGAUUUCGACAAGAUGGCAGAUUAUUUCAAAUCCCAUUACCAGGUGGAGCUGCAGGAGAAGGAGAUGUGUGUGAAGGGCUGGAACUGGGGAACGGCUCGGUUUAACGGGCAGUUACUUUCCUUUGAUAUCGGCGAGCAGUCGGCAUUUGAAAUCCCGCUGUCGAACGUCUCACAGUGCACCACGGGGAAGAAUGAGGUCACCCUGGAGUUCCACCAAAACGAUGAUGCUGAGGUCUCCCUGAUGGAAGUACGCUUCUACGUGCCUCCGUCCCAGGAGGACGGCAUGGACCCCGUGGAGGCUUUCUCCCAGAAUGUCCUGUCGAAGGCUGAUAUUAUCCAGGCCACCGGAGACGCGCUGUGUAUCUUCAGAGAGUUGCAGUGCCUCACACCGAGAGGCCGUUACGAUAUUCGCAUCUACCCAGCAUUCCUGCAUCUUCACGGCAAAACGUUUGAUUAUAAAAUCCCGUACACCACUGUCCUCCGCCUCUUCCUCCUGCCCCACAAGGAUCAGCGGCAAAUGUUCUUCGUGAUCAGUUUGGAUCCUCCAAUCAAACAGGGGCAGACCAGGUACCACUUCCUGAUUCUGCUGUUCUCGAAGGACGACGAUCUGGCCCUGACCCUGAACAUGAGCGAGGAGGAAGUGACCAAGCGUUUCGAUGGGAAGCUGAGCAAGCAGAUGUCGGGGCCUCUGUACGAGGUGGUCAGCCGCAUCAUGAAGUCGUUGGUCAGUCGCAAGAUCACAGUGCCGGGGAACUUCGUGGGUAACUCUGGGGCCCACUGCAUCACCUGUUCCUACAAAGCCAGUUCGGGCCUCCUGUAUCCCCUUGAACGGGGCUUCAUCUACGUCCACAAACCCCCGGUUCAUAUCCGCUUUGAUGAGAUCUCCCACGUCAACUUCGCCAGAGGCACCACCACCACCCGCUCCUUUGACUUUGAGAUCGAGACCAAGCAAGGCAGCCUGUACACAUUCAGCAGCAUCGAGAGGGAGGAAUAUGGGAAACUCUUUGACUUUGUCAACGCCAAAAAACUCAACAUCAAGAACCGGGGAAUGAAGGAGAGUAUCAAACAGAACUAUGAUGAUUACGCUGAUUCGGAUGAGGACCAACAUGAUGCUUACCUGGAGCAGGUGAAAGCAGAGGGCCGAAUCCGUGAGGAGGCAGCCAAUGACAGCGACUCUGGCGAGGAGACUGAUGAAUCCUUUAAUCCUGGCGAAGAGGAGGAUGAGGUGGACGAGGAGUAUGACAGUAACGCUGGGGGCAGCUCCUCCAGCAGCAAUGAAGACGAGAGCGGCAACGAGAAAUCCCGGAACGUUCCGGCAAAGAAAGCCAAGGUCGUCAAGGAGAAACCCACCAAGAGAAAGGCUGAGGGGAAGAGGUCGAAGGAUAAGGAUCCUUUGGCCCCGAAGCGCCCCAUGUCGACCUACAUGCUGUGGCUAAACGCAAACCGCGAGAAGAUCAAAGCUGACAAUCCCGGGAUUAGCGUCACGGAGCUGUCCAAGAAAGCUGGUGAACUCUGGAAAUCCAUGACCAAGGAUAAGAAGGAGGAGUGGGAUGCCCGGGCAGCCGCAGCCAAGAAGGAGUAUGAGAAGAAGAUGGAGGAAUAUAAGAGGAGUGGGAAAGCCGAGUCCUUCCAGAAGAAGAAGGACGCCCAGAAAACCAAGCCGAAGGGGAAAGGUGGGAAGCAGGCCGCUCCCAGGAACGCCGUCUCAAAAAGCCCCGUCAAGGGCAACGGGGACAGCUUCAAGAGCAAGGAGUUUGUGUCGAGUGAUGAGAGUUCGUCCGAGAGUGAGGGCUCUGAGAAGGCAGCCAGUACUCCAGUCAGCUCUGAGGAAUCUGGCUCUGACUAACCGUACGGGUGAAGCUUUCGUGGUCGAUGUGCUGACAGUCCUUCACUUCUUUUUAUUUGCUCCCCCCCCCCGCGAUAUCUGUGAGUCGCCUGACCUGAGAGUUUCAAUAAAGUGUAUGUUUUUUCAAUAA